UGAGUGAAGUUUUUGUUUAGUUUUAUCCUUCCAUGGCCUAAUAUAUCCAUCCACUCAUCACUCUUUCUCAUUUUUUCCUCCUCUUCACUUCCAUGCAUCUCAAAGAUUUCUUCCCUUCUUCCCUUGUCAUCUCCCUCUUCAUCUCCAUCCUCUCCCAUGCCUUCCCAAAAUAUGUCUGCGGAAUCGAUUUUCGCUAUGCAACCUGCAAUUCUUCAGUAGAAUGUGGUAGACUGGGAAAAAUUCACUACCCUUUCUGGGUAAACGGCUCCCAACCUCGGUAUUGUGGUCAUCCCUCGUUCGGUCUGUCCUGUCACAAAGACGAGGCCACCAUGUGGAUCUGGGCUGAACUUUUUCAUGUCAUCGACAUGGAUAAUAGGACUCAAACCCUGAAGAUUGCCAGAAUCCAUGAGCCCUCGACGGGGAAACUUUUUUGUCCGGUCUUCAACGCAAGCAUAAAGUCAACUUCCUUCAGCUAUUCUUCCGAUGUUGAAUUUAUCACUUUCUUGCACAAUUGUCCUCGGAUCGAAGGUUUAUCAUCUUAUGAGUAUCCUUGUGUGGUAGUAAACAAGAAGCAAAUCCACAGUUACUUUGUGGCAAAUACAUCUUUGGCAAAUAGAUUUAGAAGCAGAUGUGGGUAUAGUGCUCUUCUUCCUGUUCUCGGAAGUGCUGUAGAAGGCCUUAUGAAUGGUUCAUUAGAUGUGGAAAAGGCUUUGAGCAAAGGGUUUGAGGUCAAAUGGACAGCAAACGAGACACAGUGCGAAGGGUGCAUGGAGUCUGGCGGUAGGUGUGGGUAUGACCGGAAUUCGAACACACCUUCUUGUUUUUGUCGUGACCAGCCUUAUCCAGAAAGCUGUUCACGUUCAUCAAUCACAAAGGAACCCUUUAAAUGAAUAGUAUUAUGUUAU